AACUCGUCCUGCUCCUGGCGCGCCAAAUUUCAAAGCACUUCCUGGAGAGAGGAGGCGAUAAGAUUUACCACGGAGCACAAAUAAAAGACUCGCGUAGCGUUUUACAAAACAUAUACCUUCAUAUUUUGGAAUGAAGACCAGCAAUUGAGCAUCUGGCCACUACAUAUCCACUUUUAAUAUUUCAUCCACCUGUGCUGCAGCCUUUUAGUUUGUCCUCUAAAUAUUUUAAUUUUUUAGCAUGCCGUAUUUUAUUUACUGGGCGUAAUAAGCUUUUAUAAGAGUCAUAUUUGAAAGUCUUUCUGAGAGGAGGAUCUUCAGUGGAGGACGUUUAUCUCAGUGUUAUGUGAGAGCUGCUGUUUGCCGGCUGUGUUGCGGUUUUUCCUGCACAGUUGUUUGUGGGAUGUCAAAAUGUCGUCUGGAGUCCAGCCGUGUUUUCAGUUGUUGAGGAUUGGAUUGUCUGACACAAACAGUAGUAACGCUCAGGGAAAUGCGUCGUCAGACUCCGUCCGUGACCUGUACACUUUCCGGCCUGCACUGGCCCAGUGUGUGUUUCGUUUGGGACGGGCCACGGAGCAGUGUGACGUCACUCUGGAGUCCAUGAUCGUGUCCCGUGUCCAUGCAGAGCUCCAUGUGGAAAGAGAAACUGAUGCCUCUGGAGAAGAGAGCUGGAAAGUGCAAGUGAAGGAUCGCAGCAGUUAUGGCACGUGGGUAAAUGACAUGCGCCUCCAACAAGGGGUCUUAAAGGAAAUCUUUGAUGGCGACACGCUCACCAUCGGCGGCCAAUCAGGACGGGCUAGUCCAGAGUUCUACUUCCUCUUCCAGAAAGUACAGGUUCGUCCGCUGGACUUUGACGCCAUCACUGUGCCCAAAGCGGGUUCCUUCUCAUCCGACAUAAAGAACCGGAUCAGAACGUGCUCGGACCAUAAAUCGGACCCAGCUCUGGACAUCUCAAAGCUGUCCAUCAACAGAGCCACGGUCAUCCUCAACUCCAUCGGCAGCCUGAGCAAGAUGAACGGCAGCUGCUGGACCUUCAAGAAGAGCGAAAACACAAGCACCUUAAACACGUCAGCGUUCUCCGCUCUGGCUCCGCCCACGACUCCGCCUCCUUUCCAGGCCGCUGGUGAGAUUUCAUCCAAGUCUGUCCCGCUGUCCUCAAAGAGCCGACGCAAGUCCGCCCACACGGUUCUGCUGGAGGACGACAGUUCGGACGAUCCCACGAACCGCAGAGACCUGGAGGAUGGACGCAGGGGACAAGCCAAGAAAAGACGCCGGCUUUACAAAUCAGAGUCGGAGGUGUUUCAGCCCCCUCUACCCAAACUGGAGCAGAACUGCCGGUCACAGAUUGACGUGAACAAACACACCAGCAGCAGCAUUUUCAAUGUGCCGCCCAGCCGGCAGUUCAAUCAUAUCGUGAACAUAUCGAGUCACACCAAAGGCAACGGCAUCAAUGUGACGCCCCUCCGCCAGCAGAAGCCCUGCUUGUCUGGUCCUGGCAGGAGGCCGAGGGCAAUCAGCUCCCCCGUAUUCACCACCCUCGGGAUGGGAAGUGAGAAUUACAACCUGACCUCCCCGUCAGCGAGGAUGAGCAAGACCGAGAAAACCAGGGGAGUGAUUUCUCGCUUUCAGGCCUCAACUGGGCGUCGACGUGGAAGGCCUAGAAAACACCCGCUGCCACAGCCUUCCCUGCUGUCUCCCUCUUCAUCAUCCUCUUCUAGCUCCACCUCUUCCUCCUCCUCGUCAUCGUCAUCCUCUGAAGAUGAAGAGGUGGCGGUGGCUCAGGGCGUGGAGCCCUGCGCAGCGGCUCACUGUCGUCUCCCGCAGCAGGACACUGUGCAGUGGAUCCAGUGUGACGACUGCGACGCCUGGUAUCACCUCGACUGCUUACCGCACAACCACAACCGAGACUCGCUGCUCUUCGACCCCAGCGCAGACUUCCACUGCGGCUGCCACUGAGGCCAGCAGUCAGUCAGGACCGGCUCGGCUUCCUCUCCUUUAAGGCUUUUAAUAAACCAAAUGCUCUCAAACAUUGUUAACAUUACAAUCAAAUUCACAGGACUGGCAGAUGUGUUGCUUCCUGGCAUUUACAGUGCAAAUCUCUGCGAUGAUGGCGAGCCGAUGUUUUCUGCAGUGGUGCUAAUUGCUUUGAACUGAUUUGGAUGAAAUGAGGGUGCUGGAUUUACACAGCAGCUUCAAGAGCAUCCAAACACGCUGCAUCCCAUUACAACACUGGAUGCUUUCUGACUGUUUCUGAUAUCUAUGUAUUCAAUAUACGCAAGAAUGAAAUCUUCAGAAUGCUAAAAAAAUCAAAACAAGUAUGAAUAUGAAAAUGGGAGUUUAUAUUUUUAGAGGAAUGAAUGAAUUGAGUCUUUGGAUUCAGAUAUUGAGGAGGAUUUCGCUAGGUUUGUUAACUAGAUACUGGUUGUUAAACAUGCUUUGCCAACAUAUUAGCUGGUAUAUAAUAUGUUAUCAUUGAAUACUGUAUGUUCGUUCGCAAAUGGGCAAUGAGGAUAUAUAAUAUGCUGUCUUAUUCAAGGGUUUCAUUAGCAUUACUUGGACUUUUUUGUAAUUUCAGAACAUUUCAUAAAAGCUAAACCUUAAAUCACUCCAAACAUUUCUAUGGUCACUUUUUUUUAAAGGAAUGGUUCACCCAAAAAUGAAAAUUUGCUGAAAAUGUACUCACCCUCAGGUUGUUUCUUCAUGUGAACAGAUGUGCAGAAAUUCAGCAUUUCAUCACAUGUUCACCAGUGGAUCCUCAGCAGUGAAUGGGUGCCGUCAGAAUGAGAGUCCAAACA